AUGCCAGCUGAUGCCAAUGGCGGGUAUCAGGCAGAGGUGGAUAGAACAUCUGCAGGUGUUGAGGCUGGGAGUGGCGGAGAAGCCUUUGGUGCGUGUGCUUCGGCGGCUACAGUUCCAGAACCGCCAAAUCCAGAAGACUCGGACGGCGACGGCGAGAUGUCCGAUCCUGAAGCUGGCAGUGAAGACUCGCUGAAAAGUGACGAUCAGAUGGACGAGGAGGUGGAGGACAUGGAUGCAUUCGAAGAUCCAGAUGACGUUGAUCAGGAAGAGGUUGGUGUAAAGGAUGAGAUACUGCUUCUGGCUGGUGUGGAUCUUGAGACGGAACCUGGGCCAGAAGGUGAACAGGUCCCGGUUGAAGCAUCUCCGACUGUCACAGCUGCACCUGUCGAUGGCCCGGACGUGCAUGACGAAGCAGCCUCACCACUCCAGUGUUUUUUCCAAGACACCUAUCCAGACCAGAAUCUGCCCCCGAAGACCGGAAUUGCAAUCCCGAUGAUGGCUGCCACACCUACAUUUAUCAGAGCCGUACCCGAAGAGGCAGAGCUGUUGUACAUCGCCCCCGAGAGCCUUUUCGACGACAUCGUCAAGUCUGAAGCUGACAGGAUUUCUCGCCCGGAGAACGUGCGGAAUCGUGUCGUGUACGACAGUGUGGGUGACCCGAGCCAGAUCGAGGCGAGUUCCUUCGUGCCAGCAGUCGCGGCGCCUCCAGGCCCUCUUAUGCAGGAUCUGUUGGGGCCCGGCCAUGUCUCCGCGCCGCCAUUGAGCUUCGUCACGCCAUACUACACGCCCAUAGGACCCGAUGACCGCACAUUGAUCUUCGAGAGCCGCUUUGAAAGCGGCAACCUCCGUCGCGCCGUGCAGGCUUACGAGUUUGAGUACGACUUAAUUCUGAAUCCAGACUACAACACCAAGUCGCACACGCAAUGGUACUUUUUUCGCGUUGGCAACACGCGCAGAGGGCCUGAGUACAAGUUCAACAUUCUCAAUAUGGUCAAGCCAACAUCAGUUUACAACGAGGGUAUGCGACCGCUUCGCUAUUCCUCCAUUGAUGCAGCUACCAAAGGCAUUGGAUGGGCUCGCUGCGGUGACAGGAUAGCAUACUAUCAAAACGGAUUGCGUCGACAGAAAGGUGCCAACUAUUACACUUUGACCUUUACAGUGACCUUCGAGCACGACUGCGAUGAAGUGUACUUCUCUCACUGUUAUCCGUACACAUACACUGACCUGCAACUUGACCUGAGGGCCCUAGAGAAGGAUCCGAACAUGGUGCGACGGUUUCGGCGCAGGAAGUUGUGCGACACUCUCGCGGGCAAUGCUUGUGAUUUGAUAACGAUCACCUCUUUCUGCGGAGAUCCAGCAGCACUGAAGGCUAGGCGGGCUGUGGUCAUUACCGCACGUGUACAUCCCGGAGAAUCGAAUGCUUCGUGGGUCAUGAAAGGCAUCCUCGACUACCUUACUGGGGCAUCUGUAGAUGCAAGAAUUUUGCGAGACAAUUUUGUCUUCAAGAUUGUCCCGAUGCUGAACCCAGAUGGUGUGAUAGUAGGCAACUACCGGUGCUCCUUGGCCGGUCAAGACCUGAACCGUUUGUGGGACGAGCCAAGCCGCAAAAUGCAUCCCACGAUCUUCUUUACCAAGAGCAUGUUUCGUCACCUGCUUGAUGAUCGAGAUGUAAUUCUGUACGUAGACAUCCACGGACACAGCCGUAAGAAGAAUGUCUUCAUGUACGGAAACAGCGAGAACAAUGGUCUACGGGAGAAGAUAUUCCCCGGUCUACUUUGCCGGAGCUCAGACUGUUUCAGCUUCGAUGACUGCUGCUUCAAGAUCCAGAAGAGUAAAGAGUCCACUGCUCGAGUUGUUGCUUACCGAGAGCUGGGAGUGGUGAAUUCCUACACUCUGGAAGCGUCUUUCUGUGGUGCGGACUUCGGCCCACUGGGUGAGCAGCACUUCACAACCCGGCAUUUGGAGGAGAUGGGUUACAUGCUUUGCGAUGCAAUUCUGGAUUUCUGUGACCCUGACCAGGGAAAAGUUAUGCUGGUUUGCAAGGAGCUGCAGGUUCUGUUCCCAGAUGACGGCAAUUCCGACGAUGUUUCUGAUUCUGAAGAUGAUGGAGCCGCUGCCUUGCGUCGCAAGAAGCGAGCAGCACGCAAGGCCGUAAAGCAACGGGAGAAGCCCCAAAAGAAGAAGAAGCCAGCCAGAGGCGAUGGACGGGCCAAAAUUGAUUCGGAGGAUGUCAACAUGGACGACGAGAAGCGUCAAAAGGAUGGCAAGGACAAGUCCGCCCGCAAUUUGAUGCGCAAAGCAUCUCGCCGUGAUCCGGCUGAGGACUCUACUGCUGCAGGCUCCAACGCUGCACCAGAGAUGUCAGAUGCCGAAGAUCCUAAAGGCAAGCGCAAGAAGCCCAAAAAGAAAGCUGCCAAAAGUCGACCCGCAAUGACUUCACGGGACAAAGAUCCCAAGGAAGCCAAGACACCCAAAGAUCGAAGAGAUCAGGCGGAAGCGAGUGCUCCGCAAGACGAUCCCCUCGAGUUGGCUGACGGCAGCAGAGGGUCUCGGCAGGACGACAACGCGAUUGGCCAAAAAAUGGCUGUCGGACUGUCGGAGUCCAUCCAGCACAUGGGCCGCCGGAAGCGCCAGCACAAAGAAGCAGGGAAGUCGAUGUGGAUGCAGAUAAAGAAUUCUGUGGAGGUCCAUUUUUCUCAGCACGUGAUCUACCCGUUAUUCUCGGAUGGCCAUUCGGUGGAUGAUGCAGUCAGGGAAAUCGAGGCAGUACAAUCUGAUGCUGAUGAGGAUGUCUGGCUGGAAGCACCGUUUCCUUGCAUUCAGGCAGUCCGCUGGUGUCCAAAGUUGCGGGAUGGUGAAGGAAAGCCUGUCCUCGAUGAGAAGGGCGAAGAGCGACGCGGUGUCGAGGGCCUCUUCACCAUGGACAACCGACGCCUCUAUGCGCUGCAGCGAGCGGCCGUCGUCCAAUAUCCCAGGACUUGCAAGAUCACGGUGGAAGAGAUCACAAAUCGCUGGGAGGUUGCGCAGCAUGUGAAAAAGUUCCGGACGCGUACCAACGGGUUAUCCAUUUUCAUUGCAGAGUGGAACGGUACUAGCCGGAACAACACCAGGAAUUCUGAAGUCCUCCGCGUAUGGGACUGGAGGUCUGCCAUCUCAAAGGCGGAGGAAAGUGGUACUGCAGCAGAGGCAGGCAGUUGCGGGUGCUGGGAGUAUUUGGAUCCCAAGUCGGUGUGCCGCGGACCAUUCAGCAACUGGCAGAUGCAGCAGUGGUGGGAGCACCAGAUGCUUCCGCCAGAUCUGGAAAUCCGACCCUUUCUGCGAAAGGAUGGCGAUGAAGGUCGCCAGCAGCCGUUCAGGCCGGUCAAAGAGGUUUUUGCGGAUGCGCCGAAGCCCUUCGCACCAGGCUGGGUGCCACUGACGGUGGCGGCGGAAGACGACGGAUUCCAGACAUGCGCCGAGCUGCAGCCCCAGAUUACAGACAAAGCAGCUCCUUCUCUGGGCGAAGAUGGAUGA